AUGGAUGACUUCUCCGCAGACGUAAGGUUCUCAGCCUUCGAGAAGCUUGCAACACUAGCUGUUCAAGCCCCAGCGAACGAUGAGGGAUCGGAUAUUGCGCGACUGUCUCGACACUACCAGCACCCAGCACACUGUUCGAGUGGCUUAAAUGGUACUUUGAGAUCUCAAGCUCCGACAUCCAGGGUGCCUAUGGGCAUUCGGGAAUUGGAUGUUCUUGUGGCGCUAUGCAAAGCAUCUUCUUCGGUCAACAAAUUUGAGCAUGCAUCCAGACUGGUUGUACAAUUAUCCCAAUAUCUUCCCGAAUCACACAGCCAGCUCUUUCGUCCGUCGCCGUUCUUGCAUAAUGUGAAACCAUCACCUUGGGAGGCUCUUACCUUCAACAUUACUUCCGCUCUUCUGAGACUCGGUCUAGAGUAUCCAGAACUACGUGAGAAAGUCGCUAGCGCUGUCAAUGGGUAUUUGGAUAACUGUGCAGAGGCAAUCAAUGUUGCAAUGCCGUUGCUGAACUGUGGUUCUGGGACAGAAAAGCACGGGGCAGUUCACGAGUCUGUCGGUGUCCUUUCAAUCGCUGUCUCCCUUGUUGGCUUCCUAGAAGCCUCGACUAUGUUUACUCCGUUCUGGACUGCCACGAAACAGCUGCAGAUACUCCAGCAACUGCGAACAAUCCUGUCCGAAGGAUUCAUGAUUGCCGUCGAGACUGCCUCUUCCACAGUGCGUAACGCAGAAACAUCCGAUCACGGACUCAGGGAUUGGAGAAAGUACACUCGGCGAUACUCUGCCGAUGGGCGACCCUUGGGAGCUAUGCUGCUGCAGGCAGGUCUCAUGCAAUUCGUGAAAGCCUGCGCUACGUCUCUUAUUGGUGCGCAAAACUGCUCUGAUACUGAGCUCUUGGACGAUUAUAUGAACGGAGUUGGUAUUGCUCGAAGCCACGACGAGGCCGAAGUCAAUCUUGUCGAUUGCAUAACCGAGGUCAUCGCCGACCAAAUCCAGCUUCUGGAUGAUGGAUCCGAUUAUUUGCAACUCGGUUCACCAUUACAGCAAAAACUCGCUUUUUUCGUCAAGGCAUACGCCUUCAUCGGCUAUCUUCAAUGUGUUAUUCUCAGCGGAAAUACAACUAAUAGCGAGGACUUUCAAGGUUGGCUAGAGGAUGUACUGAUGGAUCCGAAUCAGAUGUCUUGCUCGGAACUGGCAACUGCUACUUUGAAAAGUAUAGCGAUCGUUGCCAAAAUGUCUCUGAGUGGGGCCGCCUCUGGAAGUCGCUCACUUUUACGAUACAUUGUCGAAGGAGGUGUGCCUAGUCGAUCUUCUAGCUGUGUUGCCGCGAAGUGUCUUGCACAAGUUCUUGGCAUCCUCUCACAAGAUGCGGUUAUCACUACGCUGUACUCGCUGGGAAAUGUUUUGAGUCCUGGCUCAGGCAGUGAAAAUAUCUACAAUGGCCAGUUGAUGACAGAAGCUUCUGGGCAUGGAAAUGCCGUUUCAACUUCGCACCAAAGAAAUGGCAGUGUAACUUCCCUUUCGUUGGACGGCGAGGAAGGCAAGGUGCCUUAUAGGAGUGUUGUUCAUGCUAUUGUAACAAUUGCGACCAACUGUUGUGAUGAAAAAAUUAGUGCCUUGGCCCAGUCAAUGUUAUUACAAAAGAUCGGCAAAGUCAAUGUCGCAGUUGAUGCAUAUAUCAUCAAGGAGACUGCUUCGCUGUCUUUGAGCACUGGACAGGCCGAAUUCCAGCUUCUACUCAAGUUCUAUGACCGUAUCUACUGGGAUGGAGUCAUAAAGGGACAAGGCAGCAUAACAAAAGCGGUGCAAAGCGCAAUGGCGUAUCUGUCUGUCUCCCUGAAGAAGGAUUCUCCACUCUAUAGAGUAUAUCUGGUGCAUCUACUUGAAAGUAUUGUCAACAAGGGCGAUGCCACCGAUUCUGAGAACGAGCGACAGAAGGAUAUCGUUCUAGCGCCUGACGAUAUAAUUCCGUUGCUGAAACCAUUGGCACUGCUUGUAUCUUCCGAACAGCCUGGUGGAAACGGCAAAGUGGCCGUGGAUUAUGACCAGGCUGUCUCUAGUUUGUUUCGCGAUGCCUGGUUCAACCUUGCUAUUCAUGGAAUAUCUCUUAGUUCAACUGUCGCACAAAAGCACCACAAGGUGCUGAGCUUAUUUGCCAUUCACUCUCCUCCCCUUGUCUCGGAAGAUCGCAUGGAGAUGUUGGAAAGCGAUGUUGAACUCAAUACAAUCCUUAGACGGGGAUUGAGCCCACAACGUCAUCUGGAGCAAAAGAGGAUGUUGAUUUCAGAACUUCCCAGUCGCGAAUCAGAUAUUAAACGCCUGAACUACCCAAAGUCCGUUUUUCUUAAUGCAGUCUUGCUGAUUGAAUGUCUUCGUGCUUCGUCUGGGCAUUGCACCAAAAUCCUCGACUACUUCCGCGAUCCCGCCCUAGCCACCGUUGAAAUGGCUAGUUGCAUGGGUGACAUUGCAGAAAAGAUCGUCUCUGACUAUCUCGCUUUAACUCUUUCCGGGAAACAUACGAUUUUCUCUGUUCCAUUCUUGUCAAAAGAAUUGGCUGGAUUUUUUGUGGCAUGUUGCCAUCGCAUAGAAAGAGUGCAAAACGUUGCCGUUAUUUGUGCCAACAAAAUAAUAAAAGAAUGCCCGUCAGCAAUAUGUGCAAAACAUUCGCUUUUUGCAUUGCUUGAGCUUUUGACCGUGAUGUGGAACUCCUGCCUUGAGGAAGAUUUGGAUGAGUUUGAAUGGAAACCUUCGUUUACCUCGCCCAUGGGAAUUGUCAAAGUUGAUCUACCUGACAAUUAUGUUUUCCGAAGGAAGACUUUGGACAUUUUCCUUGAGCGAGCCACAGCAUGGGUAACAGCAGUCAUCAAUGUGGCGUCAUUGGACAUAAAAGGCUUACUCCAGACGUAUCUGUCCAUGCCUGAUUAUGGGACUGGCUUUGAUCAAGUUUCAAUGGGUCGUUCCUUUGCGCUUAACAUGGGAUCGCUUAUUCCUAAAAGUGACCAACGACUUGGGUCAUUAGAAACUCACGGUUUGGGCGUAACUAACGUUGCCUCCGACUUCAUCAGCCAGUACUCUACACGUCAAAAAUAUAAGUUUUCAGAUGCGCUUUCGAUUGGCAGCGGAAGUCUGACAGCUGGGAACAACGGUUCCAAUGUCUCUGUGGGCCCAGUCACAUUGUCGGGAUCAAGUAGUGAAGUGGAAAACAUGCUAUUUGAACUUCAUCAAAAGGUUAGGAGGCAAAAUGACCUGUCUCUUGUGGAAAUCCGCGAAACACUACAACGUGCGGCCGCUGUUUUGUGUAGUAGCAUUGACCCUCACCCCUCCAUCUCCCAUUUUCUGGUAUCUUUGCCAUUCGAAAUCUUCUCUGAGGAAUCGAUCAAUAUGGGCAUUUCUUUUUGGAUGGGGGCUAUCCAUGAAAAUCCCAGGGUAGAGCCAAAGAUUUUAGUGGAAAUCUUAAAUGCUUGGGAAAGGACGAUUCAGCGCAAAAAGGGACUUUUUGAUCCUUCCUUCGACUACGUGGACCCGAUGUACGCAAAGAUCGAACUUUUGCCAACUGACAAAGCCUUGGUACUCAGAGAACAGCAAGACGCCCAACGUCAUCUAGCACCGCAUUUGCGCAUUCUUCAGUUUUUUGAGAGCCACUUCAAUGCUAUCCGAUUGGGGAAUGUGCAAAAUCAAAGAUUGUUCCGUCGCCUUGUUGACCGAACAACCACCGGGCUUGCGCAAACCAGUGGCCACCCUUUGGCUAGGGAGCUGCAUUUCCGCAUCGUUCUAUUUGGGCUGAAUGUUUUGGGGCAUUCUGGCUCAGUCGGCACUCCCUGCUUGUGGAAACUUAAGGAUCAGAUUCUCUCUGGCGCCUUGAGUUGGUUUAAACACGCUCCUAGGUGGUCCUUUGGCGGUAAUCGACUGCAAAUCAAGACCGAAGACAAGAUAAUCGGCGACGUGAUGUCUGCCCUGGGGAAGACGGCUAGCAUUUCAUGUGACACGUACGGGCCAUACAAGUCCUUGCAGGCAAAGCAAAAUCUUCUUAAUGUUCUUUUGGAGAACGAGAGGUCUCGACUUAGGGUUUGGUUGUAUCCGUUGGAUCCCGAUCGUAAACAUUACAUAUCUCAGUCGCCCACCAAUCGGAAUCAUACAGAGGAGGCUACUUCUUUGUUGCGACUUGCUUGGGCUGAGAGUUCUGGCUUAGCUAUACAGCUCGCUACCCGCUUCCCGUCUGCGAAGAUGAAAAACGACAUUCGUUGGCUACUGCUAAACUUCCCCGAAAAGGUUAUCGAUGAACCUAGCGGCCUUGAGAUCAUGUUCGGGGACUCGCUGCCUGCGGAUGUGUCAUUCCAGUUGAAGUAUUUGUUGUACUGGGCGCCUGUCAACCCCACAGAAGCCCUGACUUAUUUCCUUCCCGCGUAUGGCAAUCACCCCUUCAUUUUACAGUACGCAAUGAAGGCCCUGGAAAGCCAUCCCAUUGAUGUCCGCUUCUACUUUGUUCCGCAGUUGGUGCAGGCUCUUAGAUAUGAUGCAUUGGGUUACGUCGAGCGCUACAUCCUGGAAACAGCCAAACUGUCUCAGUUAUUUGCGCACCAGGUGAUAUGGAACAUGAAGGCAAACUCCUAUAAAGACGAGGAUUCCCAAGUGCCGGAUCCGCUCAAGCCGACACUGGACAAAUUCAUGGAUGAUUUGAUAGCAAGCUUUUCUAACGAGGAGAGAAAUUUUUACGAACGCGAAUUUUCCUUUUUCAAUGAUAUCACAGGGAUAUCUGGGAAACUUCGGCCGUAUAUCAAAAAGAGCAAGCCAGAGAAAAAGGAGAAGAUUGAAGAAGAACUCCGUAAGAUCAAGGUGGAGGUUGGCGUUUACCUCCCCAGCAAUCCAGACGGAGUUGUUGUUGGGAUCGAUCGCAAAUCCGGAAAACCUCUACAGAGCCAUGCGAAAGCGCCAUACAUGGCAACAUUCCGAAUUCAAAAAACGAAGACAGUCUUUGGACCAGCGAGGGUCUCUGGGACCCCAGCUGCUCAUGCUGCAGAACAAGACUCCGAGCCUGUAUCUUCGGGCGCUGAUACCCAUGACCAGAAACAAGAGACCUAUGAGGUUUGGCAGUCGGCCAUCUUCAAAGUCGGCGAUGACUGCCGUCAGGACAUGCUGGCCCUACAAAUGAUUGCCGCAUUCCGCAGCAUUUUUGGGAGCGUCGGGCUAGACGUUUGGGUGUUCCCUUACCGAGUCACCUCGACAGCCCCUGGUUGUGGUGUGAUCGACGUCCUCCCCAAUUCUAUCUCCCGGGACAUGCUAGGCAGGGAGGCAGUGAAUGGCCUCUACGACUAUUUCGUGUCCAAGUAUGGCGGAGAGGACUCCAUACGUUUCCAGGAAGCACGCACCAACUUUGUCAAGAGUAUGGCGGCUUACUCCGUCAUUUCUUAUCUCUUGCAAUUCAAGGACCGUCAUAACGGAAACAUCAUGGUCGACGAUGCGGGCCACAUUAUACACAUCGAUUUCGGGUUUUGCUUUGACAUUGCCCCCGGAGGUGUACGCUUCGAACGCGCGCCUUUCAAGCUCACUUCCGAGAUGGUAGCCGUCAUGAGCGGGUUUGGUCAGACCGCUGGUGGAUCUCAUAAUCCGACGAUGACGCAGCCAUACCGGUGGUUUGAGUCGCUAGUGGUGAAGGCGUUUCUCGCGUCGCGUCCCUACAGCUCCAAGUUGUCCCAAAUCGUGUCCCUGAUGCUCGACAGUGGCCUCCCGUGCUUCAAACCCGAAUCGCUGAAGAAUUUCCGUGACCGUUUUGUUCUCGACCGGAGUGAGAGAGAAGCGGCCGAAUACAUGCGGGAGCUUGUCCGCAAGUCUUACAUGAGUGUUUCCACCAAGGGAUACGAUCAGUUCCAGCUGCUCACCAAUGGUAUACCGUACUAG